AUGUCUCAAACAACAACAACAACUGCGCCUAAUUCCAACUUCUUUUCAGAUUCUUUCAAUACGAAUGGUAACAAUCCAUCACCAGUGUUUCAAAUGAAUACAACGGCUGUUCCGCCGCCGCCACCACCACUACCACCAUCAGAUUCUCUUCAAUUACCACCACCACCUCCCCCUCUUUCCUCCAUGUCCGGUCUGAACAAUGACACGUCUGUUCCACCACUACCACCAGUUCCUCCUCCACCUCCUAAUAUGACAAACUUACCAAAAUUUGAUAUGAGUGUUCCUCCUCCCAUUGCCUCUACUUCCGAGGCGUAUCAAGACUGGACAUUGCAAUGGACCCUAUAUCAACAAGCUUUAUAUCAGAAUCACCUCUAUCAGUCGUUUGCUAAUCAACAGCAAAAUUCAAUGGCAAUGCCUAUACCUCCGGUGAAUAAUACAAACUCCAAUAAUUAUAUUUCUCAGCAGCAAAAUACGAAUACAACAUCAUCGAAAUGGCAGCCACCAAAUUCAUCGACAACGUUUCGACCGAGACAAACACAAUCUUCCUAUCGUAAUCGAUUUCCAGCAAACAAUGGUAACACUAAAAAUAACAAUCAGCAGCAAUUCACAUCGUAUAACAAUGUUCCACCACCCGCCAACCUCGGACCACCAACAAAACCACAACAAUCCGGUAUACGUUUCCAAUUAAAUACUCGUCCUCAAAAUCCAUCGAAUAAAGCAGGCAGACGUUCACGAUUUUCAUCACCACCAAAGCAGCAGCAGCAACAACAACUGCCAACACCUACUUCGGCAUUAUCGUCAUUUCCAACGCCAAUGGCUACUCCACCGGAAAAUCGUCAAGAAGAUAUGAUGAUGGAUACUACAAACACUAACGAGCCACCAACAGUCAUGAGUGCUGUUGAGGCUUUCAAAUUAGCCUGUGAUAGACAAAAAUGGCCUGAACCAUUAAAGAAAUACUGGCAAUCGAUUGAAAGUCGAUGUACCACAAACCUAUUACGUUCUCAAGCCGAUGAAUGGUUUCAGGGUAUUCUCAUUGACGCAUUUCAAAGAAAUCUAGUUAAAACUAUUGAUUGGUUUAAUAAACCUAUUCCUGAAUUUCUCCUUCGUCCUGAUACGUCAUCAAAUGUACGUGCAAACACUUUUGAUUCAACAAAUUCAACUUUACUUCAAUUAGCUAAAUCUUCAUAUAGUGAAAAUAAACAACGCGAAGAAUUAAUACGUUUAAACAAACUUCGAGCAGUUGCAUCCGAGUCAGUUCAACGCGCUUUCGCUGAUGAUGAUGGUGAUGACGAUGAUGAAACAACUAAUACAUCAACGCGAAAACGUUCGUCAUCAUCAUCGUCGUCGUCUUCGUCAUCAUCGUCAUCAUCCUCCUCAUCUUCACCAAUUGGUGGUGUUGUCAAUGACCGACAGAAAAACAUGACAAAUCCAUCGCCGUUUACUACUGGUUUCAAACGCUCAAGAAAAGGUCGACGAGCAAAGAAGCCAAAUAAGAAGAUCCAACUUGACGAACCAAAACCAGAACAUUGUGAACGAUUGGAAAAACGACGCAGUCGAUUUACUAAUGAAACUGCAUCAACUAUUAUUAAACCAAUCCAAGCGCCUAGUGCAUACAAUACAGUAAGUGAUAAUGACAAAGCCUUGGUAGGCACAUGUCAAAAAUUGGAAAAAAAUUAUUUACGUCUGACAAGUGAAGCAGAUCCGGCAACAAUUCGCCCAUUAGCCAUUCUUGAACGUGCUUUUUCUUUUGUUAUGAAUAAAUAUAGAUCAACUAAAGAUUGGUCGUAUAUAAGUGAUCAAUUGAAGAGUAUUCGGCAAGAUCUGAUGGUGCAAGCGAUUCGCAAUGAUUUUACAGUGUUAGUUUAUGAAGAAAAUGCUCGUAUAGCACUUGAAAAGGGUGAUCGGGAACAGUUCAAUCAAUGUCAAACCCAACUAGAAACUCUGUAUGAUAAUGGCUGCAGUCGUGUACAUCUGAAUGAAUUUCUUGUUUAUCGUUUGCUCUACUCGUUGCUGCUAAAUGAUUAUAAGAAAACAAAUCGAAUCUUAAUGGAUAUUGAUACAGUGAAAAAAAUCUCAGCAGCCAACGGGAAGAGCACAACCCAACAUAUUGAACAUCUCGAUCUUGCUCUAGAACUUUGCUCGGCCGUCCGCCGGAAAAAUUACCUUCGUUUCUUCAUUACCUAUAGGUCCUUACCCGAACUUGCUCGUCGUUUAGUUAAUCUUUUCGUUGAUAUUUAUCGGAAACAGAUGCUCAAAUGUUUAAUCUGGGGAUUUGCUCCGACCAUUCCAAUUGAAGCUGUCAUGCAGAUGUUGGCAUAUGAGUCAUAUGAUGUCUGUCAAAAGCAUCUCAGUUCAUUGGGUCUUAUAUUGAUCGAUGAGCCAUCAGCAGGUGCUUCUAUAGACUGCAAAGCAAGUCGGGCGAUUUUUGAAAAAUGA